AUGCGGUUUCUCGCGGCGUCGAUGCUGACAUUAAACACAUUCUAUGGUGUCACGCUAUCUCAACCAUCUUCCCUCUCUUCUGCUACCGAUGGCCAGCUCAUAAACGGCCAACCGCUGCCUGAUUCGUGGUAUCGUCUGCAUCUCGACGACAGCGAGACAGUAUCCAACCUCACCUCUCGCAAGGCAAUGGCCUCAGAUGUGAGCAGCACCACGUCGUCGCUAGUAGCUCGAACCCCCAUGACGGUCUGCGAAAAGAUCACCGCGGUGGCGGCCUGCGCCACGAUCGCGGCCUCCAUUGACGGCUGGUCGUACGAGUACUACGCGACCGGCCGCAACUGUGAUACGACCGCCCAGCAGGAGACGAUCCACGGCGCUCUCUACCAUUACCUGACCACGGUAGAUAAUGAUAAGGUGUGCGGCACGCAGUGUCUGUCUCUGGACCAUGGCGGCACCUAUGAAGGCUACCUGAAACUGGGCAAGGUGGCGUAUUUUGACCCCACUUCCAAUGGGGGCGAGUUUCUUGGUAUCGAGGACCGUAAGCGAAAGCGGUCGAUGCCAGAUUUCGAGGACAAUUUGUUUUAG